CGCCAGUUGAUAGUUUGCAACGCCCGAAAGCGGUUCUCAAUUGGUUUGGCUAAAAGCGUAAAGUGUGAUUAGAAGGAAAGAUGAGCCUGGAACUGCUUACCCUAAACAACCCGGUAUUCAAGAGCUUUACGUUCUGGGCCGGUGUGCUGGUCAUCAAAAUGUUGGCCAUGUCUUUGCUGACGGCCAUACAACGUUUCAAGACCAAGACUUUCGCCAAUCCAGAGGAUUUGAUGUCGCCGAAGUUGAAGGUUAAAUUCGAUGAUCCCAAUGUGGAGCGUGUGCGUCGUGCUCACCGCAACGAUCUGGAGAACAUUCUGCCCUUCUUCGCUAUUGGCCUGCUCUAUACACUGACGAACCCCAGCGCCUUUUUGGCCAUCAAUCUAUUCCGCGCCGUUGGCAUCUCGCGCAUUGUCCACACCCUGGUCUAUGCUGUCGUAGUUGUGCCACAGCCAACACGUGCCCUCUCCUUCUUUGUGGCACUGAUCGCUACCGCUUACAUGGCCGUCCAAGUUAUUGCCGCCGCUGCGUUUUAAUUGUUAAUUAAAAUUGUAUACAUUAAUCGUCGUUUUUAGCUUAAACAGAACAUUUUUUACGAAAUAGCGCCAAGCAUAAAUCCUUUAUAUUUACUGGCAAAUUACAUAUUCAUAAAAAUGUUUCCUUUUAUAUCCUUAAAAGCGUCUCUACCGCUUGUCACAUACAUAUCUGUAAAUAUUGGCUCUCAUUAUUAUUAAAUGAAUAUAUUAGUAGGAUGGUGCUCAACAAAAUUGAGUGUCAUGCUGGUAUGUCAAAAUUGAGAACGGCAAAAAUCACAUUAAAAUCAUAUCUUAUCGAUAUAUGUGCACAUCA